AUUUCACGCGAUCGGCUGCUUAUCGAUCGCCGGAGCUGCUGCUUUGGCGGACUACAGUGCCCUUAAGACUGUAUUGAACGAACGCUGCUUCACGUGAGGUGAGAUUACACGUUUUGGGGACUUUAUUUGUGUGCAGUUUUCUACUUUAUUAUUUGUGAGUUUAUUACAUAUGUGAAGCAUUUGUUUAUUUUCUCGCAAGUUUGUUGUUUUGAUGCUCUAUUUACUUUCUUAACUGCAGAUUUUCAUUUUACUGUGUUUUCUGGUUAUGCUGGAAAAUGUUUGAAGACACAAUGAGUCAGGAUAAUUUUAGCCCCGUGAAACGACCUAAUGCUGUGUUUUCAGUAGGUAGGGGUAGUGGGGUUGCUGAAUAUUGUGCUAAGACAGUAUCUGAAACUUCACCCAGAUGUUUUGGGAGGGGUCGAGUAGUCUUUAAUUCAGAUAUUGACAAUGUACACAUGCCUGAUUCAGCUAUUGGUGCUUCUGUGAGCCCAACUGCCUGUUCUACCCCAUUUACACGACCAAAUGCUGAUACUAUCGCUCCUGAGUCUUUAGGGAGUAUUAUUUCUGAUUUGGCACAGAAAAUUGGUGAGAGCAUUUCAGCCAAUCUCAGUUUAGCACAACAGCACAGCCAAGAGCAGUCAAAGUCAUGUGUGCAGUGUUCAAAUGAAUGUGUUGAUGCUUCUAAAUUGAAAGUCAUUAUCCAACAUGAUGUCACACCUCCCCCAUUCUUUAGAGGUGAUCGAAGUGAUUUGUUUACUGUGCAUGAAUGGGAAGACAUGAUGUACAGUUAUUUGAACAGUAAGAAAUGCACUGAUGACGCUGAGGCCUAUGAUUUAAUUUUGGGUAGAUUAGCAGGGAAAGCAAGGGAUAUAGUCAAAGUGUCUUUGCGCAGUGCCCCAGGGCGAACCACUACAGUGCCCUCUAGCACAAUUUUUGAUAUUCUGAAGCGCAACUUCAGUGAGUUGAUGUAUUCAAACAUGCCUAUGGCUGACUUUUAUAACACCCUUCCUAAGGCAAAUGAGAGUCCAAUGGACUACUGGAUACGGCUUAAUAAGGCUAUCGAUGUGGCUGAUGAGUGCUUACGUAGGCGCAACAAGUGCGUUGAGGACCCUGCGGCUGAAGCUGUUAUGAUGUUUGUCUCUCACUGUCCGGAUCCUAGUCUUGCUUUGUCUCUUCAGUUCAAACCUGCUGAACAAUGGAGUGCUACCGAGAUACAGGAGCGUUUGGACUGCCAUCGCAGGAACAUGAAAAGAGAUUCCGCUAGGAGCCCUCGCUACACACCUGGGUCUGCUUGCCAUCAGAACACUGUGACUGUAUGUGACGAUCCUAUACCUAGUUCCACCAAACAGCCUGAACUCUCAUCCGGCAGUCACAAUAUUCAGACGCUCAGCUCAAUCCCAACGCUGCUCCUUUCUCUCCCAAUACUAAUGUGCAGCAUCUGGUUGGUAUGAUGGAUAAAGUCCUAUCAUUAUGCACUGCUUCACUGUCAUUGUCUAACACUGCAUGUCCCAACAGAUCCUCAGAUUUUAAGUCCAACGUGAGCCAGGCAUGUAGAGUGUGUCAGUCCAAAGAGCACACCACAUAUACUCACUGUAUGCGUCAGAGACUUUGUCGUAACUGCCUCAAGCCUGGACACUUUAAGAGUAGUUGCCCCAUGGCAGCGAACCUAGAACAACCUUCUCCUAGCACUCAGUUAAACUAGAAAGCCCAUGCAUG